GGGGGAUCUAUCUGUCAAACAUCGUGUAACCAACAUAUUCGGCAACAUGGCGUUUGUUUUGGUUUUUGUUCUUUUUGGUGAUGAAAUUGAUCAAUGUGAAAUAUUACAGAAUCGGAACCUUCUUAAAUCAGAACUCUUACAAACAUCAUGGACCAACAAACGUCAUGGACCAGAGUUGAUCUGCGAUAACGCACACAUAUGUGGAAUUUGACAUCAGUGAAUCCCCUCUGGGCCUCGAAUUUCUGCUGCUUAUACGAUACAGUUUAAUUGGUAAAGCCUAAGAAAUGUCUGAGAAAACGCUUGUGGAGUAUUUCCAUAGAGGAAAGAAACACCAGAAUUCAACGUUUGCGAACCAGAAAUCAGUGGUUUCAAAUGAUGCCAAUAAUAAUAAUGCAGCUUAUGAUGCACAUGGUUGCGAAAACUUUGCUGUAGAACACGGAAACAUGGACAACUCUGCUGGGUCAGGUGCACUGUGUGUUGACACCUCGAGGGAAAAUAAAACUUCCGGAACCCAUAAAGAACAGAAUAAAACUCGUCAGAAAUUUUCGAUCAAAUGGUUGGACACUCCUGAAUUAUCAUGCUUUGAAAAAUACCACAAUGAUCCGUAUUUCACCUUUUGCCGGAUUUAUUUGUCAAAACUUAAUGUUGCAAGAGGCGGAAAAUCCAACCUUACAACACAUCUGUUAUCGAAACGCCAUCUCUCGUCUGCAUCCCAAGUUGCUGGUACUCCGGACAAACUAAUAAAAAUUACCGAUAGCACUUUAAUGGAUAAAGUAUAUUUAGCUGAUCUUAAAAUUUGUGCCUGGGCCCUUGAGCAUAACAUUGGGUUUUCAGCGGUUGAUUCUUUAGCUAGUGUUAUCCGUGAUUUAGCAACUGAAGAUCCAAAAGUAUUACCCCAAUUGCGAUUGGGUAGAACCAAAACAUCAGCAAUGAUAGAAGGUGUAUUGGCAGCUGCACAUUCUGAGGAGCUUAUUGAAAGAAUGCGUACACAAAAUUUUUCCCUUAUAAUCGAUGAAUCCACUGAUAAAACUAACACCAAAACGCUUGCUAUUGUGGUAAGAAUGAUGGACGAGACAGAGUUUCAAGUGCAGGACUUGUUCUUCAAGGCGAUAGAGGUUGAAUCAGCAGAUCAUAAAACAAUCUUCGAGGCGAUUGUGGCUGAAUUCGAAACCAAUGAUAUCGAUUAUAAGAAGCGACUAAAAGGAAUAGGAUCCGAUGGAGCAUCGGUUAUGGUAGGAAAGCACAACUCUGUAAUGCGAUUGUUCGAAAAAGACUGUCCUGGUUUGAUCUGCAUAAAAUGUACAUGCCAUUCACUAGCACUAUGCGCUAGUAAUGCAUGUGAAAAGUUGCCAGCAUAUAUCGAAUAUCUAAUGCGAGAUGUCUAUAACUAUAUUUCCGGUAGUCCUAAACGUGAUAUGGAAUUUAAACGUAUUCAAGAAAUAGUCGAUUUGAAACCAAAGAAGAUUUUACAUCCAUCUGCCACGCGGUGGUUAUCACUGGAGAGCGUUGUUCUCCGAAACCUAGAGUUGUACUCCGAGUUAAAAUUAUUUUUCGCUUUUCAAUCAAACCACGACCGGAACCCGACAGCUUGUCGUAUUUACAAUCAUCUAAGUGACGCAAUGACAAAACCGAUACUUCUAUUUCUUAGUUACGUGCUUCCACUUAUUAAUAAAGUGAACAGAAAUUUUCAAUCGGAAAGCUCACAUUUCUGCGAAAUCUACACAGAAAUGAAAACGUUGCUACUGAUUAUUUUGACAAAUUUCUGUACGAAAGAAUUUACAAAUUUUGUUGCAAAAGGUGAAGCUAUUCCGAAUGAUUUCGAAAAGUUUCUAAUGCAGCCCAAACAGGUUUAUGUGGGCGUGGACGCUGAACAUGCGCACAGUGAACUUACAGAUGAAUUACAAGGAAAAUUUAAACUGAUUUGUCGUGAGUUCUACGGAGAGCUAGCCAAACAAAUACUCAAAGGAUUCGAUUUCAAUGAUCCAGUUUUAAAAACAGCUGCUUCACUUAAUCCAGAGACGUUCUUGCAAUUACCCGACUUAAAUGACGUAGUACGUCAGUUUCCUAAUUUCCUCGGUCAAGAGAAUAGGCAACUAUUGGAAAAUGAGUUUCGAGAACUGAAAACCAAGCUACUGUGUGAAUCAGAUGAGAAAAAACUUACUUGGUCGUUGUGUCUCAAUGUUCGAAAACGAAACGGAAAUUUUGCAUAUCCAAUGUUACGAAGUUUUAUUUCGAACUUUUUAAUCAUUCCUCAUUCGUCAGCAUGCGUGGAGCGAAUUUUUUCUCUGUAUAACGCGAAUAAGACAAAAUUCAGGAAUCGAUUAUCUCCGAAAUCAAUGGAUGCCGUUUUGAAAGCGAAGAGUUAUGUAAAUUUACAGGGAGGAGCUUCAAAAAUAACCGUAACAAGCAGAUUAAAAGAUAAGAUCAACAAAAACAUGUAUAAACAUCACAAGCAAUGAAUGUUCAAUCAGUGGAAAUUUUUGAUUGAAGCAAGGUUUUAAAAUAAAAGUGUCGAAUUAAAUAAUUAAAAAUAACAAUUUUUUUUUUUGAUAUCCAGAUUUU